AUGGAGGAUACACAAGAAUUAAGCAAUAUCAUACGUGUAACACCUCAGAGGAUUAGUCAAAUGAGCAGAGAAGAGAGGUUGAUGGAAGCAAUAAAUGAAAUUCAAAACGAUACAGGUUUUACUCAAAAGGAGCUCUCUCAAAAGUAUGGAGUUUCUGAAAGUGAGCUAUCCAAGAAAAAAAAUAACCUCUCCUUUAAGCCAAGAGGUAGAUAUCUCACCGAAGCAGAAGAAUUAGAGAUGAUAAAGAUGGUAACGCAAGAGAUAAAGAAAGAAUAUGUCGAAUGGCUUCUAGGACAAUUUAAGAAAACAGAUAAAAAGCUGCUUUUAGUAGACAAUCACAUAUCCAAUUAUUUCUUUGACGAAAAAAAACUUUGUGAUGAGAAUAAUCUUAUCAUAAUGACGUUCCCAUCAAACCUGACUCACAUUCUCCAGCCUUUGGAUUUAGUCCUAUUUUCGUCAUUCUCUCAACACCUAUCGAAUUUGCUCAGAGAUGGGUUAAAGGACAAUCCAAAGUUUAAAGUGAACGAUAAACACUACCAAAUGCUGGCUUAUCAUGCUUGGUCAUCAUCAUUCAACUCAUCCAAUAUAAGAAUGUCUUGGAUUAAGUCUGCCGAAAAAUUCUAUCUCAAAGGAAAUCGCUAUAGCCGGGAACAAAGAGAUUGUUCCGGCAAAUGCUCAAGCCAUGACCCAAAAAGAACGGGCUAUAGUAAUGAGAGAUAA